AUGGCCCCUAAGAAGCGCGCAUCCGCCCCCAACUCCAAGGCGUCGUCCACCUCGACCUCGACCUCGACCUCGACCCCUUCCUCCGCAACACGGAGUAGACAAAAGGCCACCGCCACCGCCCCCGCUGCUGCGCCCGUCGUCAUCGAUUCCGUCUCGUCUUCCGAUGUCGAAUCCGUCGUCGCAGACUACACCGAUGGCGACGACGACGAUUCCGACGUCGAUGCUCAAGUGGAACGAGCUGGACCUGCCACACCGACGGGGACCGUCAACCCCGUCUCCGCUAGCAAAGACCACGACUUUGCAGCCCGACUCGCCUCGCCCGCUCGACUACCGAGUACGCCCAAAUCACCGUCGAGCAAAAAGGGCCCCGUCGAGGCCUACACCGGCGCCGACCAUGACCCCAACAAGAAGGUCAAGGCCAUCAUCGAACGCACCGUGUGGGGCUUCGUCAUGGGUGGUGGCGCGAUCGCCCUCGUCGCUGCCGGUCAUCUGUACUGCAUCGUGCUCGUCUUUUUGUGUCAGGCAGUCGUCUUUUCAGAGUUGACGAGUCUCUUUGACGUGGGGUAUUCCAACACCGUCCAUGAGUCGGCUGUGGCUCCUGUGCAUCCUUCGGAUCCGAGGGCCGCGGAGAAGGAGUUGAGGCGAAAAGGAAGGAGGGAGGAGAGGAAUCGCUACAGUCGGAGGAUGAGCUGGUCAGUCCGCACGACUUACGUGACGUCUUAAGGAUACGGAAGGAGCUGACCGUUCAUGACUUUUAUCAGGUACUUUUUCGCCGUGACCAAUUACUUUCUCUAUGGCGAGAGUCUAAUCUACUACUUCAAGCACAUCCUCACCUUGCAAACCUCAUUCCUGCCCUCGGCCUUCACUUUUGCCCAACACCACCGUCUCAUCUCCUUCGGUCUCUACACAUUAGGUUCGUUUGGGUCUGUCUUCCGGGGUUUUCAGACAUCAAAUACUGAUAUCGGCUCCUGAUCACCAAUUUACGACCAGGCUUUGUUUCGUUCGUCGCCAACCUCGACCGCGCCCAGUUGAGGAGACAGUUUGGCCUCUUUGGCUGGAUCCACAUGUCUUUGCUGUUGAUCGUCGUGAGCAGCCAUUUCAUUGUCAACAACAUCCUCGAGGUAGGUCUAUUUCCUGCUCAAGUCCGAUACUAGAGAUAGAAUCGCUGAUUUCUUCAUCUGUGACCUUCAUCUGUGACCUUCAGGGCAUGAUCUGGUUCUUCAUCCCCGCGACGAUCGUCAUCACCAACGACAUUGCCGCUUAUGCUUGCGGUAUGUGCUUGUCCCAUCUGAUUUAAACGUCGGGGUGGGAUUUGUGCUGACGACUCCUUGAUUAUUCACAGGUAUGGCCUUUGGUCGACACCAGCUCAUCAAGCUGUCGCCCAAGAAGACGGUCGAAGGCUUUGUUGGCGCUUUCUUUGUGACGAUUGCGAUCGCCGUUGCCGUGAGUACUGAAGCUAGGAUAAUAUCUGAUCCAUCUGUUGACAUGUUCUCGCCUCAUGCCCCGUGUCUAGGUCGGCACCUUGUUCAUGCGUUCCGACUACAUGAUCUGCCCCGUACAAGAUCUGUCCUCGAACGCCUUUUCCGCCGCCUCGUGCACGCCCAAUCCCGUCUUCAACUGGUAUAGCAUCCCCCUCCCCUCCUCGAUCGUAGCAGGAAUGGAACGUCUCGUGAGUUUAUUCAGUGCUUCGCAAAAGACUCGACCCCGCUCCCCAAAACUUCCGAGCUGAUCACGCCAGAACCAAACCUCACCAGACCGGCGGUCAUGCGAUCCGUUCCCUCUGGUGGACGCCCUUCCAAUUCCAUCUCGUCGUCCUCGCCAUUUUCGCCUCCCUCGUCGCUCCUUUCGGAGGCUUCUUUGCCAGUGGUUUCAAGCGUGCUUUCAACAUCAAGGAUUUUGGCGACUCGAUCCCGGGUCAUGGAGGGAUGACCGAUCGAAUGGAUUGUCAAUUUUUGAUGGGCUGGUUCACUUAUGUGUAGGUCCUACCCCUCAGGAAUCCGUUUCAUCUUUCUCGAAACUGACUCGACGCUUUCAUUGGUGAUGGCAAAAUCAGUUAUUACGCCUCCUUGAUCCGCGUCUCCCACGUCACGGUCACGAGUCUGAUGGCCCAAGCUGCUUCGGCGUUGACGACGCAACAGCAGGUGGAGCUGUUGAGGGAAUUGAACCAGUAUCUCGUUUCGAAAGGGGUCAAGACCCAAAUUGGGAUUUGA